AUGAGUGAUUUACAAUGGAAGAAGGUGGAGGUCUUGGGAGCAGGUUCUUAUGGCACUGUUUAUCUUGGCAUUCUUGUUGAUGAACAAAAACGGUUUCAUAGCUUCAUUGCUGUGAAGAGCUCUAUUCCCAAACUGGCAUUCUCACUGAAGAAAGAGGAACAGAUUUUUAAAUCAGUUUGGGAAGGUGAAAGCAGUGGUUGCCAAGAAAUCAUUCAAUGCUUUGGAACUGAAACCACAGUAGAGCAUGGACGUUGCUUUUACAAUCUUUUCUUGGAAUAUGCUCCUCACGGUUCUUUGGCUGACUUGAUCCACACGAAACCUCUUCCCGAGACCGAGGUGAGUGUCUAUGCACGCAUGAUUGUUAAAGAGCUUUCGCAUAUUCAUCGCAAAGGAAUCGUCCACUGUGACCUCAAGCCGGAGAACAUUCUUGUGUUUCCUUCAUUGGAUAAAGAGAUUGCAAACUAUCAAUUGAAGAUUGCGGAUUUUGGAUUAUCGAAAACCAAAGAGGAGGAAGCAGAUGUUGAGUUGUGGAAGUCCAAGCCGAGAGGUACGCCAUUAUACUUGUCACCGGAAGCGUUUUCUGGUCAUAUUGAUGCUCCGAUGGAUAUAUGGGCACUUGGUUGCAUAGUGAUUGAAAUGCUCACUGGAUUGCCUGCCUGGGGUGAGAGCCCUUUGCUUAUUGAGGAGUUGAGGUAUUUGGUUGAGCAUCAUGAACUAUCACCCAAGAAGCCGCAGGGAAUCGGUUUUUUCUGUCAUGAUUUUCUGGAUAAGUGCUUCAUGAAGGAUCCUAGCAAGAGAUGGACUGCUGACAGGCUUCUUGAUCAUCCUUUCCUUUAUAUCACAUUCAACGACCAACAACCCCAACACUCCCUCGCGAUUCCCGAGGACGACCUCGGCGUUAAGCGCGUGAGGGACCUCAAGAAGCGGAAGCGCGAGGAGCCUGUUGCUUCGGGGACUCUCAGGAUCUGGAAUCCUGAGUUCGUUGAAGAAGAAGAUGAGGAAGGCGAGGGUGUGGUUGAGAAGAGGGUUUGGGAGUGGAGGAAGAGGUUGGUGGAGAAGAUGAACGGGAUUGAGCUGAAUCUUGAAGGGGUUAAGUUCAAGCUUGAUGUUGCUGUUCCCGAUUCGGAUGAUUUUGAGGCAAUGAAGAAAGAUUGGGAACAGUUUUUUGCGUUUGAUACUCGAGCUAGUGAGAAAGGCUUAGUAGCUUUUGUUAUGGUAGUCAAAUUGGUCAAGGAUGAAAUUGAAGACGAUUAUCAACUUCAGGGAGUGUACAUCGAAUUAGAGUCUCUUCGCAGAUUAAGGACUAAAGUUGAUGCCUAA